UCUGAGAGCAUGCAAGGACUUGAGGAGUGGCAGUCUGAGGUCAACUUCUUAGGCAGGCUUUCUCAUCCAAACCUUGUUAAGCUAGUAGGAUACUGUUGGGAAGAUAAAGAGCUACUCCUUGUUUAUGAGUUCAUGCAAAAGGGCAGCUUGGAGAACCACCUUUUUGGAAAGGGCUCUGCUAUUCAGCCACUUCCAUGGGACAUUCGGUUUAAGAUACUACUGGGAGCAGCUCGAGGCCUGGAAUUUUUGCACACAUCAGAAAAACAUAUAAUUUAUAGAGAUUUCAAGGCCUCAAAUAUAUUGCUUGAUGGGUCCUAUAAUGCCAAGAUCUCAGACUUCGGUUUGGCAAAAUUGCGUCCAUCAGCUAGUCAAUCACAUGUAACAACACGGGUUAUGGGAACAUAUGGCUAUGCUGCUCCAGAGUAUAUGGCAACAGGACAUUUGUAUGUGAAGAGCGACAUGUACAGUUUUGGUGUUGUUUUGGUCGAGAUGCUUACGGGCUUACAUGCCCUGGAUACAACCCGUCCAAGUGGGAGACCUAAUUGUUGGAAAUCCGGUCUUCAAAAUGAUGAAAGUGAUGGCGUCGUCUCUUCAAACUUGGAACGAUAGAAGCAUUCGAGUCACGUUAGGAGAACGCUUUCCUAAAGAUAGUAUUUGCUCCCACCAAAAGGUGCGCUCCGGGUUAUAGCAAAUCCGCCUUUAAGAUAAAUCGAAUCCGAACUCUAGGUUCUUUCUGUCUGCGUUUGCACAAACGAAAACAGACAGAAUAUCCGCUAAGCAAAUGUAGAAGAACCAAGAACUUCCGCUAAACAAAUGUAGAAGAACCAAGAACUGAUACUCUAUUCUGAGAUAUAACAGAAUAUUAGUUUGCCAUUUUCUAAGAAGAGAAUGUGUAGAGAGAAAGAGAACAAUUCAG